AUGGCCCGCCUAACGGAGAGCGAGGCGCGCCGGCAGCAGCAGCAGCUCCUGCAGCCGCGGCCCUCGCCAGUGGGCAGCAGCGGGCCCGAGCCCCCCGGGGGGCAGCCCGACGGCAUGAAGGACCUGGACGCCAUCAAGCUCUUCGUGGGCCAGAUCCCGCGCAACCUGGACGAGAAGGACCUCAAGCCGCUCUUCGAGCAGUUCGGCCGCAUCUAUGAGCUCACGGUGCUCAAAGACCCUUACACGGGCAUGCACAAAGGCUGUGCCUUUCUCACCUACUGUGCCAGGGACUCCGCCAUCAAAGCUCAGACUGCCCUACACGAACAGAAGACCUUGCCCGGGAUGGCACGGCCAAUCCAGGUGAAGCCUGCGGACAGCGAAAGCCGAGGAGGUAGGGACCGGAAGCUGUUUGUGGGGAUGCUGAACAAGCAGCAGUCAGAGGAGGACGUGCUGCGGCUGUUCCAGCCCUUCGGGGUCAUAGACGAGUGCACCGUGCUCCGGGGGCCCGACGGCAGCAGCAAAGGCUGUGCCUUCGUGAAGUUCUCCUCCCACACGGAGGCUCAGGCGGCCAUCCACGCCCUGCAUGGCAGCCAGACCAUGCCGGGUGCCUCCUCCAGCCUGGUGGUCAAGUUUGCUGACACGGACAAGGAGCGGACACUGCGGCGCAUGCAGCAGAUGGUGGGCCAGCUGGGCAUCCUGACGCCGUCCCUCACCCUGCCCUUCAGCCCCUACAGUGCCUACGCCCAGGCUCUCAUGCAACAGCAGACAACGGUCCUGUCCACCUCAGGCAGCUACCUGAGCCCCGGCGUGGCCUUCUCACCCUGCCACAUCCAGCAGAUCGGCGCCGUCAGCCUUAACGGGCUGCCCGCCACACCCAUCGCCCCUGCCUCUGGACUGCACUCGCCCCCGCUGCUCGGCACCACCGCCGUGCCCGGCCUCGUGGCUCCGAUCACCAACGGCUUCGCAGGUGUUGUGCCCUUCCCUGGUGGGCACCCUGCCCUAGAAACCGUAUAUGCCAAUGGCCUUGUGCCCUACCCAGCUCAGAGCCCGACGGUGGCCGAGACCCUUCAUCCUGCCUUCUCCGGAGUCCAGCAGUACACAGCCAUGUACCCCACCGCGGCCAUCACGCCCAUCGCGCACAGCGUCCCCCAGCCGCCGCCCCUCCUGCAGCAGCAGCAGCGAGAAGGUCCCGAAGGCUGUAACCUGUUUAUCUACCACCUCCCCCAGGAGUUUGGAGACACGGAGCUGACGCAGAUGUUCCUGCCCUUCGGCAAUAUCAUCUCCUCCAAGGUGUUUAUGGAUCGGGCCACCAACCAGAGCAAAUGUUUUGGCUUCGUGAGCUUUGACAACCCGGCCAGCGCGCAGACCGCCAUCCAGGCCAUGAACGGCUUUCAGAUCGGCAUGAAGAGGCUCAAAGUGCAGCUGAAGCGGCCCAAAGAUCCGGGACACCCCUACUGA